UCGAUUGGAUAAACAAACGAUACAAACGAAACAAGCAAACAAAACAACAGCCUUCGAGCAAUAACACAAACAGACGACAACAACUGAACAAAGAAACAAACCAAACAGCUAAGGGAGAAAUUUGCUAUUGCGAUUUUCCCCCUCCCCGUGGCCAUCAGUAAUUUCAAACUCGAUAUACAUACAUACAUCGAAUUCGCCAAGAUGCCGAUGGUGAUGCCAUGUCGUUCGCGUGCUGCCAUGAAACUGCACGCAGACUGCUAUGAUCGACUAAAGAAACCGAUUUAUCUGGAAACGCCACCAUUAUCAACAAUCGAUGAGGAGCCAAUGUGCGGGGUGCGCAGAGAUAGGCCCGUGAAGCCCAAGGUUGCGAGGCGACCACUGCCGCCUGGCACAAAGCUACCAAAUCCACAAAACAUACCCGGACAGAAGGUACGUGCGACGGUGGGUGGCGGCAAGGCGCCACCACGAGCCCGCCGAUACGACGGCGCCAAGGCCACGUUCUUUCACAUCAAGGGUCAAUCGUGGGAGUCCAAGGGCUAUGCGGAGUUGUCGCAGGGCGAGCUGGAUCGCAUGAAGGCCUCGAGGCCGCGGACCACCGAGGAGCGUCGGGCGGAACAGGAUCGCCGGAUGGAGGAGCAGCAAUUUCACACGGCCGAAGCGGAACGUAUGCGCAAUUAUUUUCAUGACAUCGACGAGCAGCGCAGGGAAAAGGAACGCGAAACCCAGAAGAGGGACGAUGACGAGGCCGAUGAGGAUGUGAAUGAGGAGCGGCGAGUGGAGGCCAAACGAUUGCAGGUUCUUCAUCGCGCCUUAGAUGCCAAAUACGAGUCAGAUGUGCGAGUGAAAGACGCCACCCGUGCGAUUUCCGAGGCCAAAUGCAGUGCCAUGUGGACGGCACAGAUUCAGGAAAGAAAACUCCUCAAUCGCAUUCAACUCGAUCACGAUGAGGAGAUGGCCCGCAAGAAUCGAGAUUACAACAAUGCCAAAUGGGGCACGGUCGAGCAACAAGAUCAGGCCGAAGAGGAAAGACGCCGGCAAUUUGGUAACGCUGUGCGUGAGCAAAUCACUGACCGCGAAAAGUUGCGGUUCCUUGCCCAAGAUCGUCUGCGUUUGGAGGCGCGAGACUUGCGUGCCGCCGUCGAUGAGUAUAAAAAAGCUGAAUUGGCAGAGGGUGAAAUGCGAUCCCGCCGCAAGUUGGCCUACAGGGAUGAACUCAAUAAGUACACCAAUUUGCAUCGCAAUUUCGUACGGAUGAUGUGCGAGCAGGAUCAAAGGGAUGAGAACAGAGCCUACGAGUAUCUAAAGCUCAAGGAGCAGCAAUUGAAACAACAGAGGGCGGAACGCGAGGCCAUCGCGGCGGAUGAGAAACGCAAACGGGAUGUCCUGUUUGCGGUGGGCCAAAAGAUACUCGAUGCCAAGGAUAAUCGCGAGGAGAUGCAUUUCCUGGCGGAACACGAGCGCCUCGAAAGGAAGUACAGAGAAAACGAACGGAAGGCGGCCGAGAAGGAGCGCAAAAUGGCUGCCGAACUCAAGCGGGCCAAUAUGGAGCAAAUGGAGCAUCUAAGCCAAAUGAAGGCCUGCUAUUACGUGCAACGUGAACGCGAACUGAAGGAGAUGAUCGAGUAUCGCAAGAAGCACGAGGAGCAAAUGAAGCGCGAGGCCGAGGAGCAGGCCAUCAAGAAGGCCUGCCUUCGCUCCAGUGUCUCGUGCCAAAUUGAGGAGCGGGAAAAGACUCGUCGCCGCGAACUGGAGGACGAGCACUUGGCCUUCGAAAGGGAGAGGGCAGCUGAGGCGCAGCGCCAAAAGGAAAUCGAUACGGUGAUCACCGUCAAACUGGAUGAUUUACAAAAGCGAGGCUGUCUGCCCAAUUUGGCGGUGCGAUCGCUAAAAGGUCGUGUCGCCAAUGCUGGCAACAAAAAGAAGCUGGGCGCUGAAUUCACUUAGAUAAAUCCAUUUGCUAAUGACUCCUAUAUACACACAGAAUCGCACACAUACACACACACACAAACUCAAGUUGACAAUGGCAUAGAUGAUGAAUUUUUGAGCUCGGCGGAAUUAAAACUUGCAGCACAUAUACUCGUA